CCUCUCUGGACCCGCUUCUUCAGCCCCAGGGCGGAUGAGAGGAGCGUGGGAAUCCUCCCAAACUUGAGGAGAGGAGGGGAAACUUCCCUGCAGCUGUCGGAGCCCGUCAGGCGCGGAGAGCAGCGCUCGCCCCCACUGAGAACAUGACAAGUUCGCUGGAGAAAGCCGUUGCCCAGAGGAAGGAGUCCAUCGAGGCGGUGAUGGACAUGUUCGAGCGGGGGGCCGAGGUGCUGGCGAGCGCCGUGGGCGAGCUCUUCCCCCUCUGCGAAGCCGCCGCCCCGGUCCUGCGCCUGGCCUUGGACAACGUCCAGAGCAAAGAGGUGUUUUAUGUAAAAGAGCAGUUCCUGGCGGUGAGGAACAAGCUGGACGUGCUCUCCGGCCAGCUGGAGGACAUCGACUGCGAGAUCAAGAAGGGCAGGCUGGACUCGCAGUACUUCUCCGUGGAGGAGAACAUCAGGAACCAGUUUCGCAAGUACAUGGACAUCCUGGAGGCCAAGCAGCAGUUCAGGGAGGUGAAGACCCGGCUGUUUCUGGAGCACUUCUCCAAAAGUGGAGGAGAGAAAAACCUGUUUGUGCUUCAUGAUGCUCUGAUGGGGACCAACAGCUUUGGGGAGUCGAUUCUGGACGUCGUAGAAAGGUACCUGGCGAGGAACCGGCGUCUCCUGGAGGACUUCUGCGUUCGGAUGAAGGAGCUCUUCUGCUUGGGCUUGAUUGCUCUGCUGGGCCACUGCGCCUUGACCCUGCAGAGCCAAGAGGAAGAGCAAGACAAGAUCCAGGAGUGGAGCAGCAAAAUUGAGGAGGUGGAGUCCAGGAUGAAGGCGACCAUAGAGUCGUGCACCGCUGCAUUCGCCGAGCAAGCAAAGGUGGACGCCCAACGCCUCCUGCAGGAAAAGGAAACCUGCGAAAACUUGCAGGACACAUCUCAGCAGAUUCUGGAGUUCCUGGAGAAAAAGUAUGACUGGGUUUGCUGGUCGGUGCGGCUCAUCAACCACUCGGGCAGCACCUACCGGAACUGGCGCGCGGGGGAGCAUUUCCACCACGUGGCCGGACAGAACUGGUUCGAGGUGCUUCAGGUGAACAACAUCAACCUGGUGGUGUCGUACAGCACCACACCUUCGCCGGUGCCUCACGACUGCAUCCGGCAGGCGAUGGAGGGACCGGGGAAGAAGGGCAACGCCCCGGCCGUGGUGGACGUCCUGCAGAAGCAGCUGAGCGGCUUCGUCGUCCACGCCGUCAGUCGUCACAAGGGGUCCGCAGCCGCCUGGAGCUUUCCAGAGGACUGCCACUACUGGGAGCGGCACAAGAACGUGGCCGUUUGUGUGCACUCAGAGUAAAUAUGAGUUUACUAGUAGAUACGCUUCUGCUGCCAAACCGAAUAUGAAGUAAAAAAUACAGAAAAAACAUUUGCUGAUGUGAUGUGCAGGAUUGAUCAGGUUAUGUUAUUAUUCAGUUCGGUUAUUCCUCAAACUACUAAUCUAAUAUGAAUGGAAAUGCUUCAAAAUUCUUUGUUAUUAUAUCAAAAGUAUAAACAUAAAUAAAAGUAUUAUUAAUGGUUCAAGAAAAGCAUUCAAAGUGCUCAUUUAGGAGGAAAAUAUCUUCUAUUACAUCAUUACUGCUGCAGUUAAAUCUGCAGUAUUUUACAGGUAUAUUUGAGGAAUAACAGAUGAAAAGAUGAAAAAAGAGAAAGAAACUUCUUUUUUAAAUCCAUCCUCUGAUGUUUUGAUAUUGAUUUUGCUUUUCUGUUGCAUCUUAAAGCUGAAACAGAUCAGCAACCAUCACCACAACCUUGGCUAAAACUUGGCGAGCCAGCCAGGAGUCCGUGGGUGGGGGAGGGGCUUCCUCAGCCUGAAGGUUGGCAGUUCGAUCCCCCGCCUCCUGCUCUGUGUUUUGUUGUGGAAGCGAGCCAUACUGAUUGUAGGGCAGGAUCGGGAAAAGCUUUGUAAAACCCAGACACGGUUAAAAAGGCGCUGCAGAGGCGUGGAUCAUUUAGCACUUGUGAGCUUCUCAUAUGACCCGCAAACGUUUCUGAUCAAUGUUUCCGUGAAGUUUGUGAAUCUUUGGUAAAACACAUUCAUUCAUCAUUUAAGUGCACAAGGAAACCUAAAUGACUUAGUUUAUGACGACAAUAGCGUCGUAUUUAGUGAAACGGUCAUCAAAGGAGUAAUUACCAGUUUUAAAAGGGAAGGAAGCAUUUUCUGCAUCGAUGUUGCAACGUAGUUUUUGCUGGAUAUUAAAAACAAAUCUUCCUUUUUGAUCUUUUCUUAUAUAAAGCUGCUGAAAUCUUUCCCAUCCUGCAGAGAUAAACGGGUAAAUGGUUGCAUCUGUUCUGAACUGCUUCUUGUCUUAAUCAGCUCUCUUCAAAAUAAGACUUGAUCAGAGAACAGUAAGAAGUAGCUCAUGAGGAAACAUGACAGCAUCUUCUCGAUAGUGCUGAGAUUCGGCUGCAGGUACGUUAACAGCUCUGGAGACCGGUGAGAGUGAAGGAGGAGGGUCAUUAGUGCUCGUAGACGCCAAACUAGACGUUGUGAUCUCUGAAACGUUGCUGUGGAGGAGCGUCUCUGAGCGUCAGAUGUUGGUCUGGUGACUUUGUUGCACCUGGUUUACCUGCUGAUGACAUCUGCACAGCUGCUGCCAGGCAACAAACACAGGAUCCAAAUGCAAUGAUGUAUUCACCUCAGUGUUCUGAUUCUGAUUAUUUCUUACAGAAUUUAACCACAAAUGCACUUUUACUGUCAGACUAGAGUCUGACUCACGCCUUAAUUUAAAGGACUUGAUUGAUUGGUUGAUUAAUUGCAUUCAGAUUCAUGAAUUAAAGUUCAUUUUAUUUUAUUGUAAAUGCCAUAAUGAUGUGGUAUAAAAUGAACCUGCUGUGGUUGUAACAUCUCGAUGCUUAAAUGGAGGUUUUAUUGUUUCACUGUUUGUAUAAGAACAUAUACUGUAUAACAUCAGAAGAACAUGUAUGCAUAGAGAUGCUUGAGUUUUUUUGUUUGUUUUGUUUUUUUGUUUUUUAAGAGACUUAAGAUGUUUAUUGAUAAAUUGUCAGUAGUGUUUGGUACUAAUUCAGUACUAACAACAAGCAUAUUGCUCAUCACCGUGCACCUAAUACCUUUAGAGAGGAUUUUCCUGGCUCUGGCGCUGCUGCAGCCUGUAAACCCACAGCAGCUCCGAGGAGCGGGUUCUGCUGAGGCUGCAUCUCUCGGUUUUCGUCUCUGCUCAUCAGCAGGAUGGCCCACAUAACUCUGGGAGAGAAGGCGCCUCUUCAGGCGUGAAAAACAGGAGGAGGAGAGUUUGGCGCAGGAGAUGCGGCCUUGUUCUGUAGAGUUCAACCGCCUGUAACCAAGGGAGGUGUGUGCUCAGCAGUUAUUAGUCCUCCCUCCAUCCUCUCUUUUAACCCUGCUGAGGGAAAAGGAAGGACAAAAUUAAAAAAAACUUAUUUUAUAUUUCUGUGUUUUUCAAAAAGCUGCUCUGAUUGUUGUCUGAACCGUUUCCUGUGUAUUCCUCAUGUCAUUCCCAAAUAUUUACUUACAAAUUACCUUUCAAUAUCACGGCAAUCUUAAUAAACUCAGUGCAUGAUCAAUGCUCGGAGCCUGUCAUCCUUCACAACCAUUACUGAGUAAACACAAGUCGCAAAUGGAUGCAAACACGUGUAAUCUAAUACCUGCAUCUGUCGUACAAAUGUGAUUUACGCAGCGCUGGUGCACACUCAGCAGUGGGGACUCCGGCUAAUUUAAUGCAUCUUAACACGGAAG